AUGUAUAAAUCCAAACGAACCUAAUAUGGUGGAUCGACUGCCAGCACUUUAGAUCUGUUACAGUCAUAGGAUUGUCUAUUUUGUCAAUAAUCUCAUUAAUUUUGUUGCCUCAUUACUAGAGCUCUUUACAUCAAAUAUUCAGCAAGCCAGAAUUAUUACUAUCAAAAGGAUAUUAAUAUAAUACUUUUGCAAUAACGAUCUAAACAAUAUACUGCUUAUAAAGAAUGGACUUAUUAUGAUCCUAAUGAGUAUUUAAAAAGGUUUUAUUCUUUAACUGAUACAAGAUAAAAAACCAUAGUAUUAACUGAAUAUUAUAAAUUUCAUCGAGAUAUUCCUCGUCUUUUCAUGUUACCUAUAGCUUCAACAUUAUCUAAAUAUCAUGAUAAACGCCGCAGAAUAGAAUAUAUAAGAAUAUCAAGGAUGCUAGGAGGGCAUGUUGAAUAACCAACAUCAACAUAAAAUUCUAUCUAAACAUCAUUGCAAAAUCUAUUGGGUUAAUUAAAUUUUACUAAACAAGAAUAAUCUAACACUUUGAUUGAAAUAUAAAAAAAUCUAAAAGAAGCCAUAAAUACAUCCUAAAACAAUCAAAGAGAAUUUGAUUCUCGUAAGUAUAAUCUACCUCUAUAACUAAAAAAUUCUGAUUAUUACAAUAAAUCUAAAUUAGAUCAUAAAUCUGAUACCAAUUCAAGAUUGGAUUUUAAAGAAAAUAUAAAUGAUCUAAUUUAUAAAAAAAAGCCAUUAAAAAAUUCAGGUAUAUAAACAUAAAGAGAAAUUUCUUAACCCAAAGUAUAUAGCACUGAAAAAAAUUGUAAAUUAUAGGUUCAAUAGAUUCCCCUCACUUAAAGAAAUGGCAACAAUACAAAAUAAUCAAUAUCUCCUAGACCUACGACUUAAAGAUCUAUAAAACCUUAAAUUAUGUAGUUAUUAAAGCCUAACCAUAAUAACAACAAUAAAUUAAAGGCUACUAACAUUAUCUUAGAAUGUCUAAUGAGAAAGCUGAAUUUAGAUCAAAAGACUCUCAAAAAAUAAAAAUCCAAGUCUCCUAAUAAUCCUUCUAAUUAACAAGCGAAAAGAAAGAGAAGAGUAAUGAGCACAAAUUAAGAAGCAACAAAAAUAGAUUUGACUUAACUUAAAUAAAAAUAAUCAUAAUUACUUUAGAGUAAGUUUGAUUAAAAUAUUAUUAAUAAAGGAUAUAAAACAGGAAGAGCCUCAGCAAUGGCUUGA